AUGGAAGCUACUGCAUCUCUCUUCACCUUCUCUCUUCCUUCCACCAAAACCCAAACCCGUCAAUUCCUAACCCGACCCGUUAACCCAUUCACCAUACCCUCAAAACCCGUUUUCAAAACCCACCGUUUCCUCCCUACCAUCACCGCCGCAAUCUCCCGCACAAAGAAAGAAGAAACCGUCGAAUCCGUCAGAGACCAGCUCGAAAACUGCUACCUCCUGGCCGGAAUCAACUACAAAGGCUUCACCGUGAAACAAUUCCAAGACCUCCGAAAAUCUCUCCCGGAAACAACGAAACUCAUCGUCGCGAAGAACAACUUGGUUUAUAAAGCAAUUGAAGGAACGCAAUUCGAGACGCUGAAGCCGUGUAUGAAAGGUAUGAACGUGUGGCUGUUUGUUCACACGGAAGAGAUUCCGUCUGCUCUAAAGCCUUACAGAGAUUUUCAGAAAGAGGAGAAGCUUGAGGAGAACGAUUUCACUGGUGCUGUUUUUGAAGGAAAGUUUUAUGGGCCUGAUGAGUUUAAGACACUUGAAACAUUGCCGACUCGGGCGGAGAUUUAUGCGAAUUUGUUGGGGUCUUUGAAAACCCCUGCUUCCAGUUUGGUCACGACGAUUCAGGCUCCGGCGAGGGAGCUUCUUAUGGUUCUUAAGGCACAUAUUAAGAAUCUUGAAGAAAAGGAACAAGGGAAUGCUGUUUCAUAG